AUGGGGUGCGGAUGUGUCUCUCAACACCAGGUGGGAAUUCCUGGUGGCGGACCUCGCCAGUUUCUGUACACAGCCACAGACAAGGAGUUUGUUCGCACUCUGGACAAAGAAGAGCUCAAGGAAAAGAAUUUGCUGCUGACUUACUUCCGGCUGGACCACGAGGGACAUUUCGUUGUCACAGACGGAUUUCGAGACCUUGUUCGCCGAAAAGGCGUACCAAGGAGGUAUCGAUGGCGAGCCUGGCGGGCACUCACAGGAUGGAGUGCCCUUGCAAAGCCAGGCUGGUACGAGAGGAUCAUGCGCAAGGCUCCGGACAGCAAGACGGUGGAAGCCAUCGAAAAAGAUCUCGACAGGACCUUUCCCGGCAUAGAAGAUUUCGACGACAGGAAGAAGCGAGAACUUGCAAACAUGCUCCGAGCACAUGCAGGUCUUUUUCCCAGCGUGGGCUAUUGCCAAGGCAUGAACUUCGUUGCCGGCUUUCUGCUACUUGUCGCUGGAAGAGUUCCAGAUGCUCCAAAGGACGCAUUUUUCCUGCUCGUGCAAAUGAUGAUCAAGUACCGGGCAAACCUCUUGUUUUGCGAUGGUCUUCCGCUUCUGAAGCUUCAUACAUUUCAGUACCGCAUCCUGCUGCAGCGGCUUUUUCCAGAUGUCCACCGACAUUUCUUGGAAAAUCAAAUUACGCCUGAGCUCUACUUGACCAAGUGGAUACUCACCGUUUUCACCCAGCCUCUCUGCUUUGACGCCGCUGCCCGUGUUUGGGACCUGAUCGUUUGCGAUGGUUUGCAGGCCGUCGUCCUGAUCGCCUUAGGUGUUGUCAAGCUGUGGAGAUCGAGGCUCCUGCAAGAAGAUACAGAAGGCAUCCUGGAAAUGUUAAGCAUGCGCGAUGGUGAGCCGCUUGCUGGAGGCGACAUUGUCAAGGCAGCGCUGGCCCUUGAAGUGCAAAUCGCGCCUGGCAGCAUCAGCGAUGGGACCGGCGUGAGGCCAAGCAAACUCUUUGCCGAGUGGGAGACCGCAUGUCCAGCUGAAGUUGAAGACUUCAGGAGGGCAGAGGCUGAGAUUUGUGCAAGCAAGGAUGACUGGUACCAAUCGGAGUCUCAAGAUUCUGAUGCAGUCGUUAGCAUCGGCGAGGGUGGCUGGUGCGAUGAGGGUGCCGAAAGAGGUGUCACAGGAGCGACGAGGUCCGACCAGCGCUGCACGAGCAUAGCCCCGGUGUGCUCGGAAAUGCAGGCCCAGGAUCAAGUCUCGCCCGCUGCAAGCGAGUCAGGACCACCUGAUGCCGAAGGAGGACAGGUUGUCUCACACACAAUCGCAGCCGAGGCCAAGGUCGCCGUGAACCCAUCUAUGCCUGUGCGAAAGCCAUCCAGGUCUACGGCUGGAUCCAGAAACGGCGGCAAACGCGCCGAGGGCGAUCGAGGCCGAGCACCAGGAAAUCCGAAGCGCUCUUCCUCGUUGGGAUGUUUGGUUGGACCACUUCAGUCUGGAGGGCCGCUCAUGUGCGAAGAGGAUCCCCUCUACAACUCGCCCAAAUUCGCCGGACACCGCCGAGUGCCCGGCAAUCCAGGCCGUGAGAAUGGAGCUCGAACGCUCAAGGCCUCCGGAUCACCGCCAGCACCUGCUCCAGAUAUUCGACGUGGAAACAGAUCUGCGCCGUCCCGGUCUUCAAGCAACCAAUCUUGGACGUCCAGCUCUGCCGGAAGAAGCCGAGGUGGACUUGAUCUUGAGGUUGCCGAUGAGCAUCGAGGACUGGAAUGCAAAGCAAUUCCUGUUGCACGGAAAUCUCGCACAUCUCCACUGAAUUCCAACAAACUGCCACCCUCUCCAGCGAUGAGUUCUCGCGAGAUUCUCGAGGAUCUUUCGAUGCACGGCCGCACCUGGCCGGAGCAGAUGGCAGGCUUGGUCGGCGGAAAAAAGGCCAGCGACACUCCAGCUUCUCCCACGCAGCGCAUUCCAUUCACCAGAACCAGGUCAAGAAACGAUCGGGAAGAUCUUGAGCCACCACCCUCAGCAAGGAUUGACACCUCGGAGCAGAGCACCAACAAGUCUCCCCAAAUCUCAGAGGAUCGCAGGGUUCGCAGCUUGUCUCCGCGAGCGGGGGAUCGCAGUCAAUCUCCCCUCGAUGCGGGCAGGCUGCGGCCUCCAGGGGACCCGAGAUCGAGCGGCCUCCAGGCGCCUGGGUGGCCCGAGAGUGAGAGGGUGCACCUCCAGGUGCAUGCUGUUACAUCGAGAUCAGAUGUGAGAUGGAACUCCAAGUUCCACAGGGACUCGGGCAUUGAGGAGGCGCACGAAGCUGACGCAGGUGAAGGCCAGUCUCUGAGCCCCAGCGAGAGGCGGAAGGCAUGGCACAUCCCACCUAGUGCAGCAUGGGGCUCUCCGCACAGUGCAGUGGCCUCUCCGCGCCCAGCGACAGCUCCAGCUGAAAGCCUUGCCGGUGGAGACACGAACUUCUCGGAGGCUGGUUCACCGGUGUGA